CAUAAUGAAAAGUCAUUUGACUUUCGUCACUUAAAAUCAUUCUUUUAGUCUGUGGGUUUGUUUUGGUUUAAAAAUUGAGAGAUAUUCAAGAUGCAACCACAGAUCCUAGUGCUGAAAGAAGGGACAGAUCAAUCCCAGGGCCGUCCGCAGCUUAUUUCCAACAUCAAUGCCUGUCAACUCGUCGUAGAUGCUGUACGUACUACACUGGGCCCUCGGGGCAUGGACAAAUUGAUUGUGGACCACAAUGGAAAGGCUGUUAUAUCGAACGAUGGUGCUACUAUUAUGAAGCUCUUAGAUAUUGUCCACCCAGCUGCUAAAACACUGGUCGAUAUUGCCAAGUCCCAGGAUGCUGAGGUCGGUGACGGCACCACCUCUGUGGUGAUACUCGCUGGUGAGCUGUUGAAGAGGUUGAAACCUUUUGUUGAAGAAGGUGUUCACCCGAGGAUCAUUGUCCGUGCUGUGAGAACAGCUGGCCAGUUAGCUGUGGAUAGAGUUAAGGAACUUGCUGUCAAAAUUGAGAACAGCUCUCCAGAAGAACAGAGGGAACUCCUAAGUAAAUGCGCGUCAACAGCGAUGUCGUCGAAGUUGAUCCACCAGCAGAAAGGCCACUUCUCCAAAAUGGUGGUCGAUGCUGUCUUGUCAUUGGACGCUCCCUUACUGCCCUUAGAUAUGAUUGGUAUCAAGAAAGUGGCAGGAGGUGCAUUGGAAGACUCAUUCCUCGUAGCGGGCGUGGCGUUCAAGAAGACGUUCUCGUACGCCGGAUUCGAGAUGCAACCAAAGAGCUACACCAACUGCAAGAUUGCACUGCUCAACAUUGAAUUGGAACUUAAAGCUGAGCGGGAUAAUGCUGAGGUGCGCGUGGAUAACGUAAAGGAGUAUCAAAAAGUGGUGGAUGCGGAGUGGCAGAUCUUGUACGACAAGCUGGCCGUGCUGCACGCCAGCGGCGCGCAGGUCGUGCUUAGCAAGCUGCCCAUUGGGGACGUCGCCACGCAAUACUUUGCUGACCGCGACAUGUUCUGCGCGGGGCGCGUGACGGAGGAGGAUCUGCGGCGCACGCAGCGCGCGUGCGGCGGCGCCGUGCUGAGCUCGGUGCGCGACCUGCGCCCCGACGCGCUGGGCGCCUGCGCGCGCUUCGACGAGCGCCAGGUGGGCGGCGAGCGCUACAACAUAUUCACCGGAUGUCCCGCUGCCAAAACAUGUACAUUGAUACUCCGUGGCGGAGCUGAACAGUUCUUGGAAGAGACGGAGAGGUCUCUACACGAUGCUAUCAUGAUUGUGAGGCGUACCAUCAAGAACGACGCCGUCGUCGCCGGCGGCGGUGCUAUAGACAUGGAAAUAUCGAAGCACCUACGCGACUACUCGAAGUCGAUAGCGGGCAAGGAGCAGCUGCUGAUCGCGGGCGUGGCGCGCGCAUUCGAGGCGAUCCCGAGACAGCUCUGCGACAACGCCGGCUUCGACGCCACCAACCUGCUCAACAAGCUACGCCAGAAGCAUCAUCAGGGUGAAGUGUGGUACGGAGUUGACAUUCAGAAGGAGGAUAUCGCCGACAACUUCGCGUCGUGCGUGUGGGAGCCCGCCGUCGUCAAAACCAACGCUAUCACCGCCGCGUGCGAGGCGGCCGCACAGAUCCUCUCCAUCGACGAAACAAUAAAGAACGUGAAGGGCGGCGGUGACAUGCCGGCGCCGGGACGCGGUAUGGGACGGCCUCGUAUGGGAUAAUCGACCUUACCACCUCGAUAUAAGAAUCACACGCACGCUGCAGCGUUCUUACACCACACUAUUCUAACUAAUGUCUGUCUCGCUCGAACAAUGCGCUGAAAUCCAAUGCAAGCAAUGACUGGAUCAUUUGAUUAACCAAGGAGUUAGUUAAUAAAUAAACUCAGAAGUGUGACAUAACUAAAAAGUUUUGCGUCAGAAACGUUACAUCAAAACAUUGCAUUCAAAAAUACUUCAUUAACUAAAUUAGUUUAUUCGAACUAUGAUAAAAUUAUUUACUUUGAGCGAGAUAGAUUUAAACAACUAUGAAUUAGAAUGAGACGCAUGAUGCGAAACAAAUACAGUUGUAUUUUAAAGAAAUAAUUCCAAUUGACAUCAUUUUUUCUCUUUCUAGCCUAUUAAUAUAACAAUUACAAGAAAGAGAUGGCAAUAUACAUCGUCAUGUAUUUUGUUUUUAAUUUCAAGAAUAUGUAUGAAACAAUUUAUGAUUUAAUUAUUUAAGAAACCUGAAAUUAUUUAAUUUUUAGUCUUCGUAUUGCAAAUGUCCGCAAAAAUUAUAAACAUGUCUUAAACAUAUACGGGCUUAUUUAUAAGCGUUUAAUAGGCGUUUAGUUAACCUAUAUUAUUCAACCAAACUUAAAUGUUAGAAGAGACCGUUUAGUUUCCAAUAUCAUUUUGUAAAAGCCUUACCUUACUAAAGAUACCUUAAGUUGUUAAUAAAAAUCGUUCUAAUGUUGAGUAUAUCUUGGUAACCGAAAUUCUGCCACAUGUGUAUUCCAACAAACCGCAUUGGAGCAGCGUGGUGGAAUAAGCUCCAAACCUUCUCCUCAAAAAGGGAGAGGAGGCGUUAGCCCAGCAGUGGGACAUUCACAGGCUGUUACUGUAAACACUUACGGGCCCAUUCUACAAAAUGACAAUUUAUUUGGCAAUAUUUGGUUGAAUUAAUAUUUAUAUUAUAAACUGUUUCAUGGACGAGUCGCCGAGAGCUAGACCGCGCUAGUUUUGUUCUCAUUUAAUACAAUCACGCUUCAUAAAUAUUAGACGCUAAGUUAUUCUAGAUAUGGAUUUACUAAAUUAAAAAGUAUUAACUGAA